AUGUCCGACGGUGGCUAUGGCGGUUCAGCUCCGUCGUUGGAUUCGCUAUUCAAAGGCAAGGCUAAGAAGAAGAUCAAGCCCAUGAACUUCAAUCCCGCCUUCAAAGCCGCGGGUCCCAUGGUGCCGAAAGGCCCUGCGGACCAGGACCUUCUGAAGAGCUGUGGCCUGUGGGUCAAGGAGGUCGAGGGGGAUGGCGCCUGCUUGUUUCGAGCGUUUGCUGACCAGCUGGUCGCAGAUGAAACUGAUGCUCAUGCGCAGAUGCGAGAGCGCUGUGUAGACUUCAUGGAGGCCCAUAGAGAUGAUUUUGAGCCCUUCAUAGAUGAAGACUUCGAGGGCUACUGCAGUCGAAUGCGCGAGAAAUGCACCUGGGGAGGCCACGUAGAGGCUCAAGCAUUGGCAAGACUGAACGGAGUCAACGCUGUCAUCUAUCAGCCAUCGCAAGCAUCUGGCAAGCCUGACCAGAUUCUGCGGUCCGCGGUUGAAAUCACAGCGAGCUCAGAAGACGCGCGCUGCGUACAGUUAUCGUUUCAUCCGACGCACCACGCCGGACAGCAUUACAAUUCGGUGAGGUGUUGCACCGAUAGCGGCAGCGGCGCCGCAGAGCUCGUCAGCUUUAGUGAGAUCAAAAGAAGAAUAGAGGAGACCUUAAGGCCAAAAGAAUCCGCUGUUCCAGACGAGGCAGAGGACCGAGGGGCUCCGAAGGGUGACGACUCGGCCUGA